CCUCCCGAGUGCUGAGGUUAAAGGCAUGCGCCAUCCUGCCCGGCCCUUUGUAAAAUCUUUUUUCAUGGGUAGUAAUGAUUCCCAUUUUGAGGCAUCUCUAUUUAGAUUGAAAAAAAAAAAGCACAUUUCUGUAUACACCCACAACUCACACACUCUCAGUCCCCCUCUCUCUCCUCAUGGGCACCAUUUUCUCAAGCUGUGGAGUUGUUUUAAGGGGUGGCCCUAUGUGUCCUGCUUGUGUCCAUCUUGUGUUACAAACACUUGCUCCUGUGGAGACUGCCAGUCACACUGGUUCAUAUUUCAGUCAGCAAAGUAGAUGGAUGCAUUAAUAAAAUGCAGGGCCGUCAUCCGAUUUAUUAAGUUUAAAUCUAAUUUUCACAUAAUCCCCUGUUGGACUUGGAAUCCGUUCCUUUCCUGUAAGCUGGAUCGGGUUUUGACACAUUUGUUCACGGACGCAUCCAAACAGAAAAAGUGGGUCAGUUUGUUGCCAGGAUAGGGCUAAUCUGGCAGCGUAAGAGAUGGCUCAUGGGUAUGUGCCCACGUGUGCACCAAGCACGUGUUUCUCCUAGGCCUGCCUGUACUUUGGACUGCUAAGUGACUGCAGGCCCUGAGCUGGGCACUCGGGAACUAGAGUGUUUUGUUCUCGAUGGAAAACAUCAGUGGAUUAAAGUGCUCCUGCGCAAACCAGAUGACCUGAAUUCAGUCUCCAGGUCCCACUGUGGAAGGAGAAGACCAGUUUCAAAAGCUGACCUCUGACCUCUCCAUGCAUGCCCACACAAUAAUAAUAAAUAAAGUAAAUAAAAAUAAAAGGCCCUUUCCCCUAAACGUAUACCUAAGGAGGCUAAAUUCACUUUCCAGAAAUGUCACAGGUAGAGGCUGGAGAGAAGGCACAGGGUUCAGGGUUCUUGCUGGUUUUGCUAAGAAUGAGUGUCUUCAGUUCCCAGGACCACAUUGGGCAGCUCCCAGCCAGCCUCCUCGUCGUGGAUUUUGAUGUCUACCCGAGGAAGAUGCUCAGUGCUGGUGCAGAGUGCUCACCACUCUGCUCAUUUCUGUUUCUGUAGAGUCUGCACUGCUACACUGACCUCAGAGGUCAGAGGUCAGAGCAGCACAUGCUUUUCUGUUAUUACCACAGGGAAACCCUUGUGGGGUAAACUGUCUAAAAUUUAUGUUGUCGACUGGAUUCUUUUGCGGGCUUUUCUUAGGUCAGGUCUUAUUUUAAUUGCAGAGAGUAUUUAGGUCAUCUGACUUAAAUAAACUCCAAGGAUCUGCGCUUAUGAAAUACAGCUCCUGCCUGUAGCAGGUUAUAAAAAAGCGUGCGGUGGCAGCGGUGGUGUCUUCACAGUAGGCGUGGGAAAGUAUGUCAGCUGGCAUGACGCGAUGCCUGCUCUUCAAUUUCUCUUUUUUAUUUGUGUCUUUAAGCAGUCCUAUCAGCUAAUGGCUGUAAUGGAGUUAAUGGUGCUAACAGAGGUAACAUCAUGGAAUCGGCAUCUCAUGGCAGUUAUUCACCAAAAAAGAAACACAAAUGGUGACUAAGAUACCCAAUACGGCCUCGGUCCGCUUCAGAGAGGCACCUGGCAGAUUUAUCCUGGACUGGACAGCAGAAGGACUAUUGAUGGAUGAGAAGCCGAAGGUUUUCAGACCUGAAAGUAUACUGGGAAAGUGAUUUGUUCUCCCACAGUGGGUCUGUCGGGUACGGUCCUUUCUGAUGCAGCUGAGAAAAAUGCAGACCAUCAAAAAGGAGCCAGCCCCUCUGGAUCCUCCCAGCAGCUCAGACAAGAUGAUGGUGCUGAACUCUGCCUUAGCCGAGGUGGCGGAGGACCUCGCCUCCGGUGAAGAUCUGCUCCUGAAUGAAGGGAGCGUGGGGAAGAACAAAUCUUCCGCGUGUCGGAGAAAACGGGAAUUCAUUCCCGACGAGAAGAAAGAUGCCAUGUAUUGGGAGAAAAGGAGGAAGAACAACGAAGCUGCCAAAAGGUCUCGGGAGAAGCGCCGGCUCAAUGACCUGGUUCUGGAGAACAAGCUGAUUGCCCUGGGAGAAGAAAAUGCCACUUUAAAAGCCGAGCUGCUCUCUCUCAAAUUAAAGUUUGGUUUAAUUAGCUCCACGGCGUAUGCCCAAGAAAUCCAGAAACUCAGUAAUUCCACAGCUGUGUACUUUCAGGACUACCAGACGUCCAAGGCCGCCGUGAGCUCAUUUGUGGAUGAGCAUGAACCAGCAAUGGUAGCCGGGAGCUGCAUCUCAGUCAUCAAACACUCUCCUCAGAGCUCUCUGUCUGAUGUGUCUGAGGUGUCCUCUGUGGAGCACACGCAGGAAAGUCCCGCUCAGGGAGGCUGCCGGAGCCCUGAGAGCAAGUUCCCAGUGAUCAAGCAGGAGCCAGUGGAGCUGGAGAGCUUUGCCAGGGAGUCCAGGGAGGAGCGGGGUGCCUAUUCCACCUCCAUCUACCAAAGUUACAUGGGCAGCUCCUUCUCCACCUACUCCCACUCCCCACCCCUCCUGCAGGUCCACGGGUCCACCAGCAACUCCCCGAGAACCUCAGAGGCCGAUGAGGGUGUUGUGGGCAAGUCCUCGGAUGGGGAAGACGAGCAGCAAGUCCCCAAGGGCCCCAUUCAUUCUCCGGUGGAGCUUCAGCGGGUGCACGCCACUGUGGUGAAGGUUCCAGAAGUGAACCCUUCUGCCUUGCCCCACAAGCUCCGAAUCAAAGCCAAGGCCAUGCAGAUCAAAGUGGAGGCUUUGGACAGCGAGUUUGAAGGCAUGCAGAAACUCUCUUCCCCAGCUGAUGUCAUGGCCAAAAGACACUUUGACCUGGAGAAGCAUGGCACCCCGGGUAUGGUCCAUUCCUCCCUCCCUCCUUUCUCAGUGCAGGUGACGAACAUUCAAGAUUGGUCCCUCAAAUCGGAACCCUGGCAUCACAAAGAACUGAAUGGCAAAACUCAGAGUAGCUUCAAAACGGGCGUGGUGGCAGUCAAAGACGGUGGUUAUAAGGUUUCUGAGGCUGAGAAUUUGUAUUUGAAGCAGGGGAUGGCAAACUUAUCCACAGAGGUGGUCUCGCUCAAAAGAUUCAUAGCCACACAACCUAUCUCAGCCUCGGACUCCAGGUAAAUGACUACUGACUGAGCUGUGGAUGGAGGAGGAGGAGGAGGAGGAGGAGGAGGAGGAGGAGGAGGAGGAGGAGGAUGCUGUUGGUGCCAUGCCGAAUUUCCACUGGACCUCUGCUGUCAUGUCACUGUACUGUGCACACGGUGUCCGUCUGGUGUCCUUGUGUGCACACGCUGAAGACUUGAUGUCCUCACUCUGCCUGAUGUAUAGUCAGAUAGCCCCCACAGAGGCUGUACAUAGCGAACGUUAUUUUUGCUCUAUUAUAAAGUGUGUAUGUUGCCAGUUUCAAUAAAGGAUUGGUGACAAACACA